AUGGUUAAGGUCUAUGGAAAGACACCUUCGGAUGAUAGACACAAACCUAUUAAUGUGUUGAUCAAGAAUAGGAUACCUGUAGCCAACCGUAGCCCACAGUUGCCUCAAAGGGCUGUUAACGCAAAUUCUGGUCAAAUCGUGCAUAACAUUGAAAACCAGAAUACAUUUGACCAUAUAAUGCAAAACAAUGGACACAACUUUCAAGAACCAGUGAUAGUAAAGUCACAGAUACCUGACUUUAAGAUGGCUAAUGGGGACGUACCUGAUCUAGACGUGGACAAUGUAGAAGAUUGUGUGACUAUUGGUGACAAUGUUGAUUACGAUGACUCAACAGGGAAAUCACAUCCCUUUGUCAUCAAAGACGGCAAUCAAUACACGGGUUAUGUCAUCGAUGUAUUGAAUGCUAUGAAAAACAUCUCAGACUUUAACUAUUAUUUAAACGAUGCGAACGACUCGACGGCUAUUAAUAGACAGUCAGACCUUAUUUCACAUCUCAUACAAGAGGUUUGGCGUAAUAACGCAGACUUCGGUAUUUCAAACAUAACAGUCACUAAAGAAAGAGAAAAAUAUGUGGAUUUCACGGAUCCGUUGCUGAACUACAGCGUCAGCGCAUUAAUACAUAAAUCCAAUGUCGGAGGCAUCCGGACGUUCAACCAAUUGGCUGAUCAGACGAGGAUAACGUACGGCGCCCUCAGGAACGGCCACACAAUGAAACUGUUUGACGCGUCCAAAGACGAUAUGGUUGUGCGCCGUAUGUACGCACUGAUGAACAGCACGGGUGUGCCGGUGGACGACCUCCGGGAGGCUGUGUUCAGAGUGAGGAACGAUAGGUACGCCUUCAUAGGCGACACAAUGACAGUGCAGACGCUGGCGAGAGGUAACUGUGACUUCGUGGUCAUCGCCGACAAUAGGCCAGCAUUUCGACAAUACAUGGCUAUUGUGCUGCCGAAGGGGUCCAACCAUUUGUGGAUCUUUAAUAGUGUCAUCAAACAGUUGAUCCACUUGAGGGUCAUUCAGUCCAUUGCCGAUAAGUACUGGAGAGUUGUCUGUAGAAAAUACUAA